AUGACCUCAAAUACAGAUCAUUUCGUGGAGAUUACGACACCACCGUCAGAAGUCAACACCAAGUUUCUACCAGGACAGACGCCGCAAUACACGCUGCAAUGGCGCAACCUGAGUCUCAAAACCGUUACUAAAAGUCGUAAUCAAGUUGAAGAGAAGAUAAUUCUCUCCAAUGUCAGCGGGUGUGCACAACCGGGCGAGCUUCUCGUUAUCAUGGGACCUUCUGGUGCAGGGAAGAGCUCGCUUCUCGACUGUCUCUCCGGACGCAAUAGUGCCGUUCAAGGAGACGUGUUACUGAACGGACAUCCCUGGAGCGAUACGACCAAGCGAUUUGCUUCGUACGUCAUGCAAGAUGAUCUCUUCUACCCGACCAUUACUGUGAAAGAGCAUCUAGUAUUCCAGGCAAACCUGCGAAUGGGAAAGACCGUAUCGCAAAAACAAUACCGACAGCGUGUGGACGACGUGAUGGAAGAGCUGGGACUUCAAAAGUGCCGAGAUACAUUAAUCGGUGGUAUUUCGCUAAGAGGCAUUUCGGGCGGCGAGCGCAAGCGUCUUUCAUUUGCAACGGAGAUCCUGAUUAAUCCGUCUAUCUUAUUCGCCGAUGAGCCCACGUCAGGUCUCGAUAGUUUCAUGGCUGAAACGGUGACGAUGCAGCUUCAGCAAAUCGCUCGUGGUGGCCGAACGGUGAUUGCGACGAUCCACCAACCGUCUUCCGAGGUAUUUGCGCUUUUUGACCGGUUGUAUCUGCUUUCCGAAGGCUCUUGUGUCUUUCAUGGCAAAGCCGUGGACUCAGUUGAUUAUUUUGCCUCGUUGGGGUAUGCAUGUCCGUCAUUAAUGAAUCCGACGGACUAUUUUAUGAAGCAAUUAGUUGUGAUGGACAAAGCAACCGACUUGGGUAGUGUUGCACGGGUUGAGAUGCUAAAAAAGGCGUGGGAGCAGCGUCAGCAUUUGCCAAUAAUUGAAGAGUCCAAUGAGGACGAUACGGUUGAUGAUUAUCAAGACCCACGCUUGGGGUUUCUCGAGCAGGUGGGAGUGCUAGCGCAUCGAAAUGUGGUUCGCUUUGUGCGCGAUCGCAUUACCUUCCGCGCAACAAUUUUGCAAACACUGUUCAUCGCUUUAAUUGUGGGUCUUAUUUUCUUGCAGCUAGAUCUCGACCAGAAAGGAAUCCAGAAUUUUACGGGUGCUUUCUUUUUCUUAGUCGUAAACCAGACUUUCGGCGCCGCCAACCCCGUUUUCAUCUCUGUGCCACUGGAAUUACCGAUCAUCAUCCGCGAGUACAGGGCAGGAUUGUUUCAUCUGUUUUCGUGGUAUCUCGCUAAAAACGUGAGUGAGUUGCCAAUGCAAAUUUUGUUGCCGAUUUUGUUCUUCGUGCCGACCUAUUUCUUGAUUGGUAUUGGCCAUGGAUUCAAAGUUUACGUCUACCAGCAAAUUGUAAUCAUUUUAGUAAGCAGUUGUGCUGUGGGGAUCGGCUACAUGGUUUCCUGUUUGGUUCGUCGAGUAGACAUCGCUCCGAUCAUUGGUGUUGUCAUUAUCCUACCGUUCUUGCUCUUCGGGGGGCUGCUGAUUAACUCGGAGGAUUGUCCCGAUUACUUUGUGUGGAUUCAGUACGUGUCCCCUAUCAAGUACGGGUUUGAAGCAAUGAUGAAGAUUUUCUGGAAACAGGUUCCGACGAUCGAUUGCGACGACGCCAUCGAAAACUGUUCGGCUCGAACUGGAGAAGAUGUGCUGAAGAAUUUUAGUAUGCAGUCAAGGUCAGCGUUCGUUGACGGCCUAAUCCUCUUGGUUAUCAAUGCUGGCUUCCGCACCAUCGGGUUCGCCGGCUUGUGGCUUAAUUUGCUGAAGAGAGGAUGA